GGAGGAGGAAACACUCCUGCCAGUUGCUGGAGGUAGUUAGCCACCAAAUUCGGAGGUGUUUCAUUCAGACGAAACUUACAGAAAAUCGUAUUACCAAGCCAACGGUUCUUCUCGUCGUCGUCACUGUCUGUGGGAUGUUACUGGACGAGACGCCGCUCUUCGACCCUUCGUUGCUCCAGGACCUGGACUGGAGUAGCAACACUGUGCCCUUCUCUCCACCCAUUUCCCCCUCCCAACCAGGAGAAGGCCUGGUCCUCCGUCCCCUUCACACUGCCGACCUAAACCGAGGAUUUUACAAAGUGCUGUCUCAGCUCACCCUGGCCGGAGAUGUCACACCUGAACAGUUUAUCAAGAAUUUCGAGCACAUGAAGAAGACGGGCGAUUACUACGUCAUUGUAGUGGAGGACACAAAUAUUGGGCAAAUUGUUGCUACAGCAACACUCAUUACAGAGCACAAAUUCAUCCACGCCUGUGCCAAGAGAGGGAGAGUGGAGGAAGUUGUAGUGAGUGACGAGUGCCGAGGGAAGCAGUUGGGGAAACUGUUGGUGUCAACUCUCACCCUUCUCAGCAAAAAAUUGGAUUGUUACAAAAUAACAUUGGAAUGUGCACCAAAUAAUGUGGCCUUCUACAAGAAAUUUGGUUACUCUGCAUCAGAUGAGACGUACAUGCAAUGUCGGUUCUUUGAAUAAGGUCUUGCCAAGCUCCUGAUGGCUGGAUGGAACUGGGAUAACAAACCCCCAAACCCCUCAUACAAACAGACAGGCUAAGAUCCCAAAGGUACAUCACCUCUUUGGAGCUCCUGCUGUGCAUUCUUCAUAUACCACCCCCCAAGAGAAAAUUAAACUGGUCAUGUAAGAACACUGUGCUCCAUGAAGACACUGCUUAGGCUGUUACAGUAAGUGUACUUCAGAACGUGCAUUUCAAAAUGUCAGCAUACACCCUCCAUAUUUGAACCUCUGAACUACAGCAGUUGUUCCUUUGAGUGCUUGGAGUGGAAAGAUUGUGGGACUGGAGGUCAACCUGACUCACUGUUUACAUAAAACGACAAUGCUGUGUUUCGUUGUUCGACCCAUGACAGGAUCAAAUUUAGACUGUUCGGCCCAGCUGUAGAAGCUGUAAUUCUCGAGAUACAAAGGUGAUUAGCAAGGUCUCUAACACCCCUGCACCAAUGACUAAUUGAACUGUGAAUAACAAUGUACAAAUGUAUAAAUCAUUAUUUCAUAUGUAUUGAUUAUGCAUUAGCAUAAGUUACCCGUUUUUCUGCUAUUUGCACCUCAGUAACCAAAAUAGAACCCAAAUCUAUUGUUUGAUAUGUAUGCAGAAUGCUAAAACAAAGUGUUUACUCCAGGGAUGUGUUUUUUGUUUCUAGUAUUGGCCAUCUUGUGCAAAGGUACUGUAAAAUUUGGUGUACACAUUGCCACCCUGUCUUGAGAAUCCCACAGCAAGAGUCUGGUGUGAGAGUUACCUCCCAUUUUGUUCCCUAUUUUUAGUAGCCCUUGAGGAUGCAUUGAAAACAUUUACAUCAGAUUUUACAAUGCUUCAUCCAAAUGAGUCAUGUUACUGGAAAGGUGUACUCCCCUCUUUAACUGUCACAAGUUUUUAAAAACACUUAUUUUAAUGUUUGACUUCAUGAUGUAAAAAGCCAAAGACUGGAUGUACAUAAAAAUACUGUUAGAUGAAGUACAUUAGAAGGAAAAACACCAGUAAAAAGGGCUUGUUUUCUCAUUUUAUGAAUGAAUAUUCUGGACACUUUUGGUUGAGUGGUGGUGUUAUGCUGUUAAUCAUCAGAAUUUCUGGUACUGGUGGAUAUCUAAGUAACAUAGAUGGUUAAACUUAUGUAUGUGGCAAUUAUUCAUUUAUCAGUCUCCCAGUUCAGAAUUUUACAUUAUUUUAAACAUUAUUUGUGAUGUGUGUAACUCAAUAUAAUUUGAUGGCAACGAGCAAGAGUUAGAACCCCAAACCCACUGUAUUCCAUGUGGAAUUCAGGUAGAUGGUUGAUUUUUUUUUUUUUUUUUAAUAAACUGCAAUCCUGCUCAAACACAGCAUACAAUGGAAUUGGACCCAAGGUAAAUGAGGAAAUUUACAAAAGAUCUCCAACAUUUUCCCCUUACAGAUGAAGAGAGACACACACACACAUAUAUAUUAUAUAUAUAUAUAAAUUGCCAUUUACUGAGUUUUUGGGGUAUGAGAAUUU